AAUUUCCUCAGUUGUACAGGGUUCGAGUCUCUGCUGGAGUCCUGUUUGAACGGUUGUUACCACCGGGUUCUGGUGCCAAACAAACCGCGCCAGAUGGUCUGCAAAACGCACGAUCCCAGUUGUGCACGUUGGAUGAACCUUAGAUCUCUCUCUCUCCCUCUCCAUCCUCUGCCUGUCUCUCUCUACCUCCUUCUCCCCCUUGUGUAUUACACUCUUUCCGGCGGGUUUUCCAAAAAAAAGAAAAAAAAAGAAAGAAAAACGCAUCACCCAGCCCCGGUGGUUAGUUUUUUUGGAUUCUGCGCUCGAUAUCAAAACAGGAUCCUGCGGAGAGUUUGAAGUGAUGUUCAACAGAUUUGUGCAGGCAGACUGAGCUGUUCCUCGGCGUGACCAACUCUUUAAAGGCAUUCAUUAGAGACCGGCUUCCUUUCAUCGCGAUUCACCACACAGCUUAGCCCGGCUGCAGAUGAGAUGCAUGUGAGAGAGGGAGGGAGAGACAGAGAGAGAGGGAGAAAAAGAGAGAGGGAGGGAGAAAAUUAUGUAUUGCGCUCCAAACAUUUACUGCAAUAAGCCUCUGCAGAGAGAAAUGAGAAUGAGGGCAGUCAGCUGCAACUUGGAGAAAAAGUGAAGAAAAUAAGAAGAAGUGUAAAACCAAUGCCCAGUGAGUCAGUUAGGGCAGGAGUUAGUGGCGCAGCUGCCCAUGGCUGGGUGGAAUCAAAGGUUAUAUAUCAACAAGACGCCCAGAGAGCUGUAAACACUGCUGCUGGUCAUUGUGCUGGACCAGGACUCUGUCUUGUCUAAUGAGAAUUUGGACUCGUUUUCUUCGCCUUCAUGCUGUCUGAGGGAGAAGAGACCCCCGGAGACUGAAGUCGUAAACCUUCCUGUGAGGUUGCAGCAGUGGAAGAGUAAGAUUUAGAAUAACCCCCCUGCUCCAGGUUCAAGUUUAUUCUCCCUCUUCCUCGGUCUUUUGUAGAGGAGAAAUCGUGUUUCUUACUAAAAAAAAGAAAAAAAAAAAAAGAAAAAAACAACAGAGGACCGUGAAUCCAACAGGGCGGAUUUUUCACCUCCCCACAUUUACUUUUCUCUUCCCUUUUUGCGCCUCCUCUCCUCUGGAUGUUGAGUGGCCACCAGCCAGCUCCUGAUUUAAGAGCGUUUGUCUUACCGGGGAUGUGAGGAAGGGGAGCCGUGGCUCAUGUGCGACUAGUUGGUUAGGGGCGGUUUAUUUUUGAGUAAGUCUGUGUGAGGACGGAAAAAAAACCAAGAGAGAGAGAGAGAAAGAGAGAGAGAGAGAGGAAGAGGGAGAGGGAGGUAGAGAGAGAGGGGGAGAAAGAGAGAGCGCACGGCGCACAGAGCAGACGCAGGCUGGAGAGCGAGGAAGACGCACGCAUUUCUUUGGCUGCUUCUCUUCUGCUCACAUCAGAUGCGCGCAGCGUGUCUGCGGAGGAAGGGGAGAGAGACCGAAACACCUUUGGAUGAUUUUUUGGGACAUUAGUGCAACUUUUGCGCCAUUUUGACGAUCUUUUUUUAACCCGAAUAUCUGCGUGUUUGGGUUUUCUUUUUUUUCUUCUUUUUUUCUUUGCUUUUCGUUUCGCUCCUGUCAGAAGGCAAUGCUGCUGACUGGAGGAAGAGAUCGUUUACCAAGUUAAACAGGGAUCUCCUCACCCGCAGUAUAUUUUGGGAUUUUUUUUCCCUCCCCUCUUUUUCUUUUUUCUUUUUUCUUUUUUCUUUUUUCUUUUUUCUUUCUUUUUUUUGCUGUCACCAAAAAAGAGCAGGAAAAUGAAGGGUCUCUUUGUUCCAAGCUUGUGGAAAGUUGUGGUUGUUUUAACGCUGGCUGCGCAACACGUCACCGGCAAGACACUUAAAUACCAGGUUUUUGAGGAGCAGAAGGUCGGCACCUUCAUAGCCCGUUUGAAGGAUGAUGUGGCGGAUGUUUUGGCCAAACUUCCCAGCUCCGUGUCGCUGCGCUUCAGAGCCAUGCAAAGGGGGGGCACGUCGUUCCUGGCGGUGCGCGAGCAGGACGGAGAAAUCAGCAUCAGGACCAAAAUCGACCGUGAGAAACUCUGCGAGAAGAACCUCAACUGCUCCAUACAGUUCGACGUGCUCACGCUCCCCACGGAGCACCUGCAGCUGUUCCACGUUGAGGUGGAGGUGUUGGACAUCAACGACAACGCGCCCCAGUUCGCCCGCUCCGUCAUCCCCAUCGAGAUCUCCGAGAGCGCAGCCGUGGGAGCGCGCAUUCCUCUGGACAGCGCCACGGACCCGGACGUCGGGGAGAACUCUCUGUACACGUACGCCUUGGAGCCCAACAACUUCUUCAGGGUUGACGUCCAGUCCAGGACUGACGGGGCCAAAUAUGCGGAGCUGGUGGUGCUGAGAGAGCUGGACCGGGAGGUGCGCUCCAGUUAUGAACUUCAGUACACGGCGUCAGACAAGGGCCUCCCCGCAAGAACCGGAACCACUCUGCUCAAAAUCAACGUCGCGGACUCCAACGACAACAGCCCGGUUUUUGACAAGUCCUCCUACGUCAUAAACCUUCCUGAAAACGCACCUGUUGGCUCUCUGAUCAUUGACCUGAACGCCACCGACGCGGACGAGGGCAUCAAUUCCAAAAUAGUCUAUUCCUUCAGCAGUCACGUGUCCCCUAGAAUAAUGGAGACGUUCAAAAUUAACCCCGAGAGCGGUCACCUGACCCUCAUCAGGCGCGUGGACUAUGAAACCACCAGCUCCUAUGACAUUGAUGUCCAAGCGCAGGACAUGGGUCCGAACUCCAUGCCAGCUCACUGUAAGAUCCUGGUGAAAGUUGGAGAUGUGAACGAUAACAAACCGGACAUCAGCAUCAAUCUGAUGUCGUCUCAGGGGAACGGGGACGCAGCCUACAUCUCUGAAGCCUCGCCUCUGGACACCUUUGUGGCCCUGGUGAGGGUGGAGGACCUGGACUCUGGACUGAAUGGAGAAGUCGAAUGUAAACUCCACGGUCAGGGCUUCUUCAAACUGCAAAAGACUUACGAGAACAAUUACAUGAUUUUGACCAACGUGUCUCUGGACAGAGAGGCGAGGUCAGAGUUCAGCCUGACGGUGGUGGCAGAGGACCGAGGCACCCCCAGCCUCUCCACUGUCAAACACUUCACAGUGCAUGUAACAGACGAGAACGACAACGCUCCACGUUUCGAGAAGGGGAGAUAUGAGAUCUUUAAAUCAGAGAACAAUGCCCCGGGGGCAUAUCUGACCUCCAUCGUUGCCACUGACCCCGACCUGAAUGCCAAUGGACAGGUGAGCUACUCCAUCUUAGAAAACUCCGUUCACGGGAGCCCCAUCUCCACCUACGUCACCAUCGACCCCUCUAACGGUGCCAUAUACGCGCUUCGUACCUUUGACCGCGAGGAUGUCAGUCGCAUCUCCUUUGUUGUUCAGGCCAAAGACGCAGGAAAGCCGGUACUGAUGAGCAACACUACCGUCACUCUUAACAUUCUGGACGAGAACGACAACCCUCCAGUCAUCGUGGUGCCCCAGCUGUGGAACUUCACUGCCGACGUGCCUGCGUUCAAGUUCGCAGAGGCAGGGCAAUUAGUGACGACUGUCAGGGCCACUGACAGAGACACAGGUGUUAAUGCUGAGCUCAUCUGCUCCAUCGUCAGCGGUAACGAGGGCGGGUUCUUUCUCAUCAACCCAAGAACGUGUGAAAUCCUUGCCAACCUCAGCCUGGAGAACUACCCCCAGGAGACGGCCGAGCUGACAAUCAUGGUCCGCGAUCAGGGGAGCGAGAGCCUGAGCGCUAAGGCGGUUCUGAAGAUAACCCUCUAUGAGAACAUGGAGAACCACAUCCAAGUCAUGGACCAGGGGGAGUCCUCCCUCGACGCCUCCUUAAUCAUCAUCAUAUCCCUGGGCGCCAUCUGCGCCGUGCUCCUGGUCAUCAUGGUGGCGUUUGCAGCUCGCUGCAACCGGGAGAAGAAGGACAACAGGAACUCGUACAACUGCAGGGUGGCAGAGACGACCCACCAGCACCACCCCAAAAAGCCCUCCCGCCAAAUCCACAAAGGCGACAUCACCUUGGUUCCCACGGUCAACGGAACCCUGCCCAUCAGGGCCCAUCACAGGUCGCCCUCCACCACACCUCCGAUGGACCGGGCUCAGAUGGGGAGCAGACAGAACCAUCACAGCCGCCAGUCCCUGAACAGCCUCGUCACCAUCUCGUCCAAUCACAUCCCAGAGAGCUUCGCCCUGGAGCUGGCGCACACAACUCCCCCAGUUGAGCAAGUCUCACAGCUUCUGUCCAUGCUCCAUCAGGGCCAGUACCAGCCCAGACCCAGUUUCCGUGGCAACAAAUACUCCCGCAGCUACAGGUAUGCAUUACAAGACAUGGACAAGUUCAGCCUGAAGGACAGUGGUCGUGGGGACAGCGAGGCGGGGGACAGUGACUGUGACAUGGGCAGGGAAUCCCCCGUGGACAGACUGCUGAUGGGGGAGGGCUUUUCUGACCUGAUACACCUUGAGAUGCACCGUCUCCACCCAGCUAUGAGACUGUGCACGGACGAAUGUCGUGUCCUUGGACACUCUGACCAGUGCUGGAUGCCCCCCAUUGCUUCGCCAGCUUCAUCCUCCGACUAUCGCAACAACAUGUACAUCCCCGGAGAAGAGUCCUCCCAGCCGCCACAGCUGGAUGACGACCAAUCCUCCGAUGACUCGGAGCGCCGCAAGAGCUUCUCCACGUUCGGUAAGGAGUCUGGGAGUGAAGAUGGCAUGGCCGGGGGGGUCAUCGGUGGAGGAGGGAGUGAUGCCUGUGCGGCUGGAGGAGGGGCUGGCUCUCUCCUCACAGAGAUGAACUCUGUGUUUCAGCGGCUUCUCCCUCCCAACAUGGACUCGUACACGGAGUGCAGUGAAACGCCCCCGCCCUCGUCGUCGUCGUCGUCGUCAACCGCCGAGAGAGGAAGCGGACGCGGGGCAAACACUUCGGGUAAUCACAGUAACAAUGCCGUUCCCCAGGACAGCCGCAGACUCUUGCUGCCCGGUGGGAAGGGUCCUCUGUAUCCCCCAGGUGUGGCUGCAUGGGCCGCAAAUACCCACUACCUAAACCCAGGAGGUGGCGCCGUGGGGAACAACCACGUCUCCUCAAACACCUCCAACUCUUCAUCCUCCACCUCUGCUAACACCUCGACCAAUGGGCAGGCUCCUCACCUGAAAUGGCUUCCAGCCAUGGAGGAAAUCCCGGAGAAUUAUGAGGAAGAUGACUUCGAUGGAGUUUUCCAUCAGGGCCACCAGGUCGGGAAGCGCGGCGAGAUCCGUCAUGACACCGGCGUGGACGCUAGUGAACUGGUGCACGAGAUAAACAAACUGCUGGAGGACGUCAGGCAGAAUUAGAGAGAGAGGGGGUGGAGGGGGGGGUGGAGGGGUUAGGAAGGUGACCCGCGACAUUUGCCCACAUUCUGACAAGUGCUUUUUCUUCUCUGUGCCAACGUUUACACACGAACUACAUGAUGACUUUUCCCUCGUUCACUGUAAAGCUCGUCUCGUCGUUUUUACCAAAUAUCUCCGCGGCUGCUCCGAGCUCAGAGACUCACUGAGAAAAGUGGCACUGAAUCCGUGCUGGAGAAGAGAAAUCCGCCCCAAAACUCUUGCCCUUACUGUAUUUUCUAAUGUUUACAGCAGCACUCAAAGACUCCGCCGGGAGAAACCGACAGCUGUGUAAUCUGAAAUCUGCUUUGACAGUAGUGUACAAUCCUGUACAGUGUCUGUGGAGGGGAGGGGGGGGUAAAGGCGAACUCACUUGAAUAUUGUGCUAGAUGUCUCCUGUUUUGUUAUCAUGGAAUGUAUCUGUACAAUUUGUAUUUUAAAAAUACACCUUUUUUCUACUUCUAUAUAUUUAUAUGUGUCCAUUUAUGUUUGUACAGAAAAAAAAAAGAAGAAAUGUCUAUUUUUUAUAUUUGUCGGUGCAUGUGUUAAUAUCACUCCACGUGUCUCUCCGCCUCCGGCCUGUUUAUUUGAUAGAACAGCUGUAUUUAAGUUUUUGUCACUGAAUGUGUGCGUGUAUUAUUGAUAAUCACAUUCCAGUGGGGUUCCAUGUUGGAAAUAGGCUUUGUAUGGUAAUAUUGUAGACAGUGGAAUGGUGAAUAAAGUGGAAGGAUCCUGAAGA